UCUCGCCCCUUCGAACUUAAAAGUUAAAACCUCACACACAAGUCAUAAGAGCUUUUGCUGUUCGGCGUUUUGAGAAAGUUCCAAAUUCUUCCUCUUCCUCUUCCCUUCUACUACUUCUGCUUUACCAAAUCAUCAUGGCCUCCGAUGCGUCUGAUGCCCUUGCAGUGAGACAGAAAGUUCAACAAUUUCUGAAUGCUGCUCGUACCGGCAAUCUUGAUCUCCUGAAGAACUUGGCCGGUCAGCUUGACGAGGGGAAGGGGUUGAAGAUAACGGUGACUGAUAUCAAGGAUGCCAACAAACGAGGGGCCCUUCACUUUGCGGCCCGGGAGGGGAAGACUGAGGUUUGCAAGUACUUGUUAGAAGAGUUGAAGCUUGAUAUCGAUACAAAAGAUGAAGAUGGUGAGACUCCUCUUAUUCAUGCUGCCCGGCAAGGACAUACUGAUACUGCCAAAUACCUUCUUGAGCGUGGUGCCAAUCCUGCUAUACCUAGUGACUUAGGGGCCACGGCACUGCAUCAUUCUGCCGGACUAGGAGAAAUUGAGUUGCUGAGGAUUUUACUUUCCAAAGGCGUUGAUGUUGAUUCUCAAAGUGAUGCUGGUACUCCUUUAAUCUGGGCUGCUGGUCAUGGACAAGAAGAUGCUGUGAAAGUUCUUUUGGAACAUCAUGCUAGUCUUAAUGCUGAAACAGAUGAUAAUAUUACUGCACUGUUAUCGUCAGUGGCAGCCGGUUCACUGGCAUGCUUAGAGUUGUUGAUACAGGCAGGUGCCAAAGUAAAUAUUAGCGCUGGUGGAGCGACCCCUUUGCAUAUUGCUGCUUAUAAUGGGAGCUUAGAAGUCAUAAACUGUUUGUUGAAAGCUGGAGCUGAUCCAAAUAUCACUGAUGAGGAUGGUGCGAAGCCAAUCCAGGUUGCAGCUGCAAGAGGCAAUCGACGAGCUGUUGAGAUUCUUUUUCCGUUGACAUCAAAAGUUGAAACCAUUCCAAAUUGGACUGUUGAUGGAAUACUUGAGUACAUGCAGUCUGAAAGUAGCAAAGAACAGGAAGAAACCAGAAACCCAAAGGAAGUUAAUGUGCCGAAGGAAACCGCACUACCAAAGCAAGAUCUCCAUGAGGUAGCGCCAGAAGCAAAGAAGAAAGCUGCAGAAGCAAAAUCAAGAGGAGAUGAUGCUUUCAAGAGAAAAGAUUAUCAUAUGGCUGUAGAUGCUUAUACCCAAGCAACUGAUUUUGACCCCACUGAUGCUACUUUGCUUUCCAAUCGGAGCCUUUGUUGGAUGCGUUUGGGUCAAGCUGAGCAUGCCUUAGCUGAUGGAAAGGCCUGCCGAGCAUUAAGACCAGAUUGGGCAAAAGCUUGCUAUCGGGAAGGUGCAGCUUUACGUUUAUUGCAGAGGUUUGAUGAAGCAGCCAACUCUUUUUAUGAGGGAGUGAUGCUCGACCCUGAAAAUAAGGAGCUUGUAAAUGCCUUCAGGGAAGCUGUUGAAGCUGGGAGGAAGUUCCAUGGUUCUGAUAAGGAAAAAUCAUAGUUUGCCAUCUGCUGAUGUCCAGGAAGUUGUGACUAGAGGAAUGAAGGACUUGAAUAUUUUGCGGAUAAAGAUUUGAAGGGGGCCUCCACAUCUGAGAAACUGGGAGCUUAUUUUCUUUUUUAUUAUUUAUGCCAUGCGGAAAUUAUGGGGUAUAAAUAGAGACUGUAUUUAACAAUAACUGAGAGUUGUUUGCAAUUUUGGCAGAAUUUUCAUUCUAAUUUCAGCCCCAUCUUUUUUAAACAUCAAAAACCUUUCUCA